AUGCAAGCCCAAGAAAUAGAAGGCAAUUGGGACAUCGUCAUCACAUCGUUGCAGGACAUCUGCAACGCCAACGACUCGCUCACCUUCGAUAACGUGCACGCAAAGUACCUCAAGGAAGUGUCGGUCCAAGAAAUGCUGGAAGACGACCUCAACAAGCUAAAGGAAGAAGUCAGCGACCACAAAUCCAACAUCGGCACAGCCAAACGUCUCAUCGACACCUCGCAGCAAAAUCUCCAGACCUUAAUCGAGUAUCUCCAGAAGAAAGCCGACAAAGAUACCCCCGCCAGCUCACCAAUCCGCAACAACAUCACCAAGAAGUCGUAUGGCACCGCUGGCGGCAAGGGAUCGCCGGCUGGCAAAAGCAGCCCUGCUGCUAAGGUGGUAAAGAAGAGCAACACCAAGAAAGUGGGCCGCCUGUACUACACCUCCAAGUACAAUCCGCUGGAGCCCAUUUUCAUUGGGUCCGAGGUGGCCUACAAGCUCCGUAACCGUCACUUUGAGGAGUGGAUCCAGUGUGAGGUGAUGAAGGUGAUUGGCGACGGAAUCAAGUUCGAGAUCAGAGAUCCAGAACCUGACGAAAACAACAACCCAGGCCAGACCUUCAAGGCUAAUUACAAAGAGUUGCUCCUCAUACCGCCAUUGUCGGAAGUCAAAGACUUGGCAGCCUAUCCCUACGGUACCAAGGUGCUUGCAAGGUACCCUGAAACUACUACGUUCUACCCAGCGAUAGUGGUGGGUAACAGAAAAGACGGAAACGUACGGUUGAAGUUCGAUGGUGAGGAGGAGGUAAACAAAGAAACCGAGGUUGAGAGGAGAUUGGUGUUGCCGUUCCCGGAGAAGUAG